UUUUUUGGCCUCAAUAUUUUUUUUGUUUGUUGUUGCAGUUUUAGCUUAGAAGUACAAGGAUUAGUCUCAGCUAAUGAGUGAAAAGUAGCGUCUGUAACUAAAACCUACAAAAUACCCUGACCUUCAACAUUUUGGAAUCCCCUGUUGCCUCCCCCCUUGUUAUCCACAAUCAGUGUCUUGUGGGCCACACCUGUAUAUAUCCAACAUCAUUCUCAAGCCGAAAAGGUUGCUUCCCUUCCUCAAGGCCAUGGCUAGUCUAAACGAUUUGAGUGCAAGGUUUUACUCCUACAACAAGAUGUACAGUUAUGAAAUGCGACUCCAGAGCUUUGCCGAUUGGCCUUUUCGUGAGGAAUGUCAAUGCACACCUGAAAUGAUGGCGACGGCAGGGUUUGUCCACUGCCCCAGUGUGAACGAGCCUGAUGUGGCCUGCUGCUUCUUCUGUCUCAGAGAGCUGGAGGGCUGGGAGCCUGAGGACAACCCCUGGUCUGAGCAUAUCAAACGGUCUCCUAACUGUGGCUUCCUGGCCAUGAAGAAAGACUUUGGGGAGCUGACUGUGGCUGAGUUCUAUCACCUGGAGCAGGAGAGACUGCGUAUCUACAUUAGGAAGACUAUCCAUUUGAAGAUCGCCAAUUUUCGAGAUGAGGUGGAGAAAACGGUUAAUUACAUGAGGACGUUGUUUGAUUUGGGAUCUGUGAUGUAGUUGUAUAUUUUAGCCUUGGGUGUUUUAUCUGUAAAUAUUUUAGUGAAUAAAGCUCUUCUAUUUUCUACCAUGUUA